GGGUUCUAUGCCCAGCAGGGUCUCUGUGUUCUGCAUCCCCUGCUGAGCUCACCCCUGGCCUUCAGGGACCUUGGUCCUAGAGCCUAUGGGGCCAGGUGGAACCGUUGGCUGGGGCAGGAGUGACAGUGGAUCCCUGUUGAGCCGUGACCUUCUCUGCCUCCUCCAGCAUCCCCGCGGCCCCCCCUUCCUGGUGCCUGAGACAUCUCCUGGGAUUAGCUGGGAUCAGCUCAGCUCAGGGGCAGAUUCACCUGAAGAGGCAGAGGCAGCCGGAUGGUUUAGAGGCAUCCCCCUGUUGGGCUUCAUCUUCCUGCUGCCCCUGUCCAUCCCGUGGGCGCGGAUCUCGGUGGGCUGGCUGGCCGUGGUGCACUACCUGGCCUGCGUGGUGCCCCAGCUGGGCAGUGUGCUCUACCACCUCUUCAUGAACCACGAGGGGGGCCCGGCCGUCUACCACACCCUGCUGACCCUCGACAUGUGCGGGGUCUGCAUGGUCAACACGCUGGGUGCCCUUCCCAUCAUCUACUGCACCCUUGCCUGCUCCCCACUUCCCCGCAGCGCCGCCCUGCUGGCCUACACGGCGCUGUCCAGCUACGCCAUCAUCUGUGCGGUGACGGCCCACUCCAACGUGCGGCGCCUGCGCUCCUUCGCCUGGCAGGCCCUCUUCCGCUUCUUCUUCUUCUACCUGCGCUGGGUGGGCCUGGGCACAGGCCACCCCUCCUCGCUGCGCUCGUAUCUCAUCAUGGAUGGCCUGGCCCUGCUGGGGGGCAUCAUCAACGUCUCCCGCAUGCCUGAGCGCUGGCAACCCGGCCGCUUCGACUACUGGUUCAACAGCCACCAGAUCAUGCACGUGCUGGUGGUGGUCAGCAUCCUCUACCUCCACUGGGGGGUGGUGGCCGACUUGCUGUGGGUCACCAGUUAUGCCUGCCCCCAGGACUGACUAGGCCCGCCAGCCAGCGGGGAAUGGUGUGGUCUUGUGGCUGCAUCCCUCCAGGUCACCACACGAUGGAUUCCCGUUGGCCAAGGGGUCUUCUGGGUGGCCGGUGGUGGAUUCUCAUUGGCCAAGAUGUCUUCUUGAUCCACUCCCGUUGGCCAACAAUGGAUUCCCAUUGGCCAAGGCGCCGUCUCCAGUCCUUUUGGCCAAGGGGUCUUCUGGAUGGCCAAUGAUGGAUUUCUGGUGGUUUUGGUGACUUCUGGAUCAACUCCCAUUAGCUAAGGGGUCUUCUGGCUCAGCAGAGCAGGGCUCCCACUGGCUGAGAGUCAUUGUGGAUCACCAGGGUUGGAUUUCCAUGGUCGAGGGCUCUUCUCUGUGCCAGCAAUGCACUUCCAUUGGCUAGACUCUGGAUAGACUCCCUUUGGCUGAUGAGGGUGCUUCUGGGUCACUAGCCACAGACUUCCAUUAACGAAGCUCCAGCCAGAUGCCCACUGUCCGUGGGUCAUGCUGGACCACCAGGGAUGGAUUUCUAUUGGCUGCGAUCCUUUGGAUCCUUCUGGAUCACCAGCAGUGCUCGCCCAUAGGGACUGGGGGCAGGGUGCGGGGCUGCGAGGGGGCACUAUUUUGAGGAGCUAGGGGGUGGAGCAGCCCCUUCUCCCCCUUUUAUCCAGGUAUCCUACAGACUUUGAGACACCAUGCAAUACUUUCUACUUUUUAAAGGGCUGACGAGGUGCCUGGAUGCUGGGGUCUGCACUGACUAGGGGCUCGGGGGAGGCAGCCCAGGAGAAGCUGUGUGCAUGGAGGGAGGUGGGGGGGGGGAUAAGGAGGUAUGGGGGGGGGGAAGGGGGCAGUGGAAUCAAAGAGCUACAGCGGGACUCCUGGGUUCUCUCCUGUUGUUGCCAUCAUCCUUGGGCCAAGCGGCUUCAGCUGCUUGUGCCUCAGUUUCCUGUUGCUCCCUGCUCUGGGGGUGGGGUGGGUGUUUCCUGUUACUGAGCCCUGGUCUGCACUCUCCCCCUGCAGAGGAACAGGUAUUCCCCUUUCUGCAGCAGUCACGGCUCCUGGUGCACUAACAGCCAGCAGGGGACUGUGUCCCCAUCAGCCUGUUUUUAUACUACACGUCCCAUCUGCUGCUAACCCUAUGGUGCUCACCGGGAGCCCCGGGCGUUGAGUGCCAGGGCUCUCCUUCCACCCUCUGCUGGCAUUGGGGUGUACCUACUGUUCCCCUUCCCCUUCCCCUUACGUAACUUAGGGCCACUCAACACAGAGGCAGCGCUGGAUCAUUGUUUUCCAAUCCCUGUUCACUGGGCCCUGGAUAGCUAAUCUGGAUUCUGAGCAGGGAGGUGUGUGUGUGAAUGAAGCUAAACUGGAUUCAGAAGCCACAGGUGUGGGAGUAGCUGAACUGGUUCUCAAUCUGGAUUCCAGUUGGCCGCAUGCAUAUAUAGCUAAACUCGUUCUCAGUCUAGAUUCCUGUCCAGAGGCCAGGUGUGAAUGUAGCUAAAAUUGUUCUUAAUCUGGAUUCCAAUUGCCCAAGUGUGAAUGAAGCUACCCUGGUUCUCCAUCUGGAUUCCAAUUGGCCAUGUGUAAUGUAGCUAAACUCAUUCUCAGUCCUGAUUCCUAUCAUGAGGCUGCAUGUGUGAAUAUAGCUAAACGGUUUCUCAAUCAGGAUUCCAGGUGGGAGGCCGUGUGUCAAUAUAGCCAAAUUAGAUUUUUAAUCCAGAUUCUAAUCUGGUUUUACCAGGAAACGUAUAUGGUGUCAAGCUGGUUCUUAAGGUGGAAGCCAACUUACAGAAGCAGUUCUUAAAUUCCAUCUUGUUCUCCAAUUGUUUUGCUCAGUGUAAAUGAGGCCCGCUCAGCCUCAUUCCUGGCGGGCAGCCACACUGGUUUAGAAACCAGAUCAGUAUUAGAAACUUGCUUGAAUUGCCAUAUAGACAAACCUUUAAGGAAGCAGUACAAAGGGUAGUAGAGGUAGAGUAGGACCAUGGGUGGACAAAAUGGACAAUUGAGACAGCUGUGCUGUGCCAAGACAAGGAGCCAAGCAUCAACGGGUAACCAACCACACAGCAUGAUGUGGAUUACAGCAGGGAGAGAUGGGAGCAAGGACUCCUGGGUUCUAUCCCUGCUCAGGGAGGCGAGCAGGUUCUAAUGGUUAGUGUUGGGGGCCUAGGAGUUAGGACUCCUAGGUUCUGUCCCCAGCUCUAGGAAGGGGAUAGGGUCUAAUGGUUUGGGGACAGGGGAGAGGAGACAUCAGGCUUUCUGGGUUCUAUGUCUCUGUUGUCCCACCCUGUAACUGAGGCCAAAAGGAAAGCUAAGAAGUGGGUUGCAGGCUGUGAACUGUUCUCCCACGUUGAAGGGAUGGCUGUAUUUCUCUGGCCUCCCUCAGAGGGGUGCUGUUGGGUGGGUUCUGCUCCCCUGCCCCCCCAAAUCCAGUCUUGUCUCCGUUAUCUCAGGGCACAUGAACACAGCUAGUGUUCGCGGCUUAGUACCGAAGCAACAUAUCUUUUUAAAUUAAAAAUGCAAAACUGAAAAGUAAGAGGCUAAAAUCCACAUUGUGCCAGGGUGGGGGGAGCAGGGGGAUGGAGGUUCUUACGGGCCACUGCCUCCCUCCAGGGUCCUGUUGGAUGGUAGCUCUAGGCUUCAAUAAAGCAGAGACAGAGCUCA